UUCCCAAAGACCCUCCCCCCCGUGGACAUGGAAGGUCACCACCGGAAGAAGGUCACAGGCACUACAUUCAAGAUGGCGACCCCCUUGUGUCAGUGUUACCAGAUAUGUGUCAGGAGAGGCUUGGUAGCAUUUCCUUCCUCUUCCCGGCUACUUCACAACAGACCCAAUGUCUUCAGGAUACGUGGGUUCCUCACAAGCUCCUCACAGGUGCCUUGGUCACUUCCUCUGCAAGUAAGGUAUUUGUCAGGGGAGAGAGGUGGCGGCAGAAAAGGUUUCCUUGGGGAGUUUCUGGACAACCUGAAGCAGGAGCUAAACAAGAACAAGGAAAUGAAAGAGAACAUCAAGAAGUUCCGGGAAGAGGCCAAAAAACUGGAGGAGUCAGACGCAUUGAAACAAGCUCGAAGGAAAUAUAAAACUAUAGAGUCUGAAACAGUGAAGACCUCUGAGGUUCUCAGGAAGAAGUUGGGAAACAUCUCUGAGACUGUUAAGGAGGGGCUAGAAGAGGUCAGUCGAACGGAAAUUGGAAAGAAAAUCAAGGAGGGAAUGGAGGAAGCCGCCAAAACAGCUAAGACCUCUGCAGAGUCUGUCUCUAAGAGUGGAGAGAUGUUGGGGAAGACUGGUGCGUUCAAAGCUUUAUCUCAGGGCAUGGAGAGUGUGAAGAAAGAGAUCGGUGACCUGGGUCACACUGGCCCUUAUCGGCCUCCUGCCAGACUCAGGAAAAGGAGUGAGUUCUCCUCCAAGGGGAGAGGGGAUGACGCCAAGGUCUUCGAAGCCAAUGAGGAAGCGAUGGGUGUGGUGCUCCACAAGGACUCAAAAUGGUACCAGCAGUGGAAGGACUUCAAAGACAACAACGUGGUCUUCAACAGGUUCUUUGAGAUGAAGAUGAAGUACGAUGAGAGCGACAAUGCCUUUAUCAGAGCGUCUCGUGCUGUCACCGAUAAGAUGACCGACCUCAUAGGUGGGCUGUUUUCUAAAACGGAAAUGUCUGAGGUACUAACAGAGAUUUUGAAGGUGGACCCUUCCUUUGACAAAGAUUCCUUCCUUAAGCAGUGUGAACGAGAUAUCAUUCCCAACAUACUGGAGGCGAUGAUCAGAGGGGAGCUGGAGGUGCUGAAGGACUGGUGUUAUGAAGCAACAUACAGUCAGCUGGCACACCCAAUUCAGCAAGCCAAGGCCAUGGGACUUCAGUUCCACUCUAAGAUCCUGGACAUUGACAAUAUUGAUCUGGCCAUGGGGAAGAUGAUGGACCAGGGUCCAGUACUGAUCAUCACCUUCCAGGCCCAGUUAGUCAUGGUGAUACGAAACACCAAGGGAGAAGUUGUAGAGGGGGACCCUGAAAAAGUGCUCAGGAUGAUGUAUGUGUGGGCUCUGUGUCGAGACCAGGAGGAGCUCAAUCCAUAUGCUGCCUGGAGACUACUCGACAUCUCCGCAUCUAGCACCGAACAGAUCCUCUAAGACUCUUUGAUGUGCACAAAACACACUUACCCAGGGAGAGAACAUACUGUACCUGAGCAGGCCCUGGAGCUGGCUGGGAAGAAAAGGGGUAGGGAGAGAGGAAGGCACAUGGAAAUGAGGGACAGACAAGUGGGGCAUGGGCUCACUUCACAACAGAAACAUUGUGGAGAAGUGCUGCUUAACGCUUGGUGCUUCACCAUCUCUUUUUUUUUAACUACACUGGCUUUUGGUUCAGUCCCCACAGUUUUCUUUGAACGCUUGACACCAUUCCUCUGGCUUACACUAGGGGGCGGUAGAUUACCAGUAACUGUUAACAACUGUAUUUUCUGCAGUGCCUGCAUGGCUGCCCCUUUAUUGUAUCUGUAUGGUGCAGGACAGCUGUCAUUGGAUAAAUGCGGUUCAUCUCUUUUAUUAUGAGUAUAAGAGAAGAAAGUGUGGAAAUCAAUAGAGUAGAUUUGUACCUGAGCCCCCUGACUUCAGGUUGAUCUUGAAAAAUCUCAGACGUCUCUGCCACCUUCCUCUGUUUAAUCAGUCCCUCAUACUCUCUCUCUUCCUCUCUGAGGUGUUGUAAUCUUGGCCGUUGAUGGCGUCAUGGCCAAUCAGCGCUCUCCUCGAUCCUUGUUUGUAUGAUAAUUGUCCAAUGUAAUUGUUAAACUGUGAGAAAGUCUAUAUUUAUUAUGAAAAAUAAAGAUGACCCCUGUUUUUCACACUA